AUGUUAUGUUAUUGCGUCUUUAUAAUAGUAACCCUCUUCAUCCCGUUGCCGUCGAAUCAACAUUUUAUUUGGCCGCUAAGCACAUGCAUGUUGGCAGAUCUAUGCAACCACACAUGGAUACCGGAGUGUGGGCGGGAGAAAGACAAAGGACACCUCAAACUUUUCACCGAUGAAUGUGACUUAUUAGAGUUUUCUUGUGAUCACGAUAAACAAUAUGAAUUACUGAAUUAUUCAGACUGUUUCACCGCACCGACAUCUUGCCCCAUGGACCCACCUUGCCCAUCUAAUCCGACAUGUCCCAACCAUAGAUUUCAUAGAAUGGGCCAACAUUAUGUGUUCCAUAACAAACCCAGAAGAAUGAUAAGACCGCCUUCGAUCCCGUCACCUUCUUUGCCAUUGCGUAUGCUGAAAGGCAAAACAAGAUAUACUCCGAAAGCAAAAAUGAGAAGAAUAAAGAAUGUUAAGGAAAAAGUUAAAAAAUCUACCACAAUGAUGCUACAGAUACAGAAAAAUAAACGUUUUAUAAAAAAGAGUAAAGUAAUUAGCAACAUUCAAAGGAAAACAAUUGUGUUGAAGAAAGAAACACUCUUUAGAAAUGGGAAGAAGUUAAUAAGGGUCAUAAAAGGUCUUGCGCCUAUAGCAGUUACUAAAAAGUAUGUCAUUGUGGAUUCUGAUUAUCUAGAAAACUAA